AUGCGAUAUACACUUGAUAACCAAUUUCCACUAAAUUCACCGGGACAGGACUUGAGACGGUCGCAGUCGCCCCAAAAGAACGAACAGUUGUUGGAACAAUUCGGUCUGCAUUACAGGAACAGGAAAAGAGAACGUGCGGACGGCUCACGCGUGGAUGAUGAUGAUGAUCCUGACGACAAUAAUAAUAAUGAUGGGGAGGAGGAGGAGGAGGAGGAGGAGGAGGAGGAGGAGGAGGAGGCAGCGACGUCGGUGGCGGACUUUGUGCGAAAAUUUCUCUAGGCGUACGCACUACGCAUAGCGCGUUUCAAGCUGCAGUGCAGCAGUUAGGGAUGUGUUGACGGGGCUCUUGAUCAAUGACGCGUUUUCGCAGAUCCCAGUUUCAGCAAAUCCUAUCAGGUUUUGCCAUGAAGACGUAAGUGGUCAGUGUUUUAAGAGACGUUACCAUAUAUUUAGUGCUCUAGACCAACAUGGGAGUUAGAUCUGAGUACAGCAGGCGUUAUUAGAACUUCGCAACCAUAACAAAUAUCAACAUUGGCGGUGUCGUGUCAGACCCAUUUUAGCGUUUUGUGAUGGAUGCGAGACGAGCAAUACUUUUUAUAGUGAGGAAUGCGCUUCGAUUGCCAUGAGGACGGAAUUUCAAGUGUCGGACCUCUUUCAGUCACAAUUUCACUUUCUAAGCCAGUCAGUCACCUGAUAGGGAAUUGGACGUAAGUGCCGGGCGUGGUGUGAGCCUCCGCCUCCGGAUUCUGCACAGCCUGGUUGACUUGUACCGCCUUUGUGAUCCAUCGUUUUACGCAACCACACACCCACAAUAAUAAAGGUUUAGUUGCUGAUACCCGCGAAUUUAACGUUUAUCUUUUCCAUGGAGGGAGAAAUACAGUAAGUGGGCUAACUCAUGAAAUGUCAACACAAAUUUCAAAAUGCGUUUCCGUUUCAAAAAGGUUAAUUAACUAGGGUUGUAAGACUAAUCGAUUUGCAGCAUAAUUCUCUAAUAUUUCAGUUACCUCAGGACGUCGGCUUUCGAACGAACUUCUUUUCGGCUGCAUCCAACAACUUAUGUAGCAUGUCUUUUUUCAUUUAUUUUCGAUUCUCUUAAAGAUCCAAUUUUAUUUCAUGGAAACACGCAUAAAAUAUUCAUUCUUAACUUAUUUAAUAAAAAAUUACGUCUUCUUUUAAUUUUACACUCGAAGGAAGGGUAUAAUUCGGUUUUAUAAAACUUUUCUAAUUUCCGAAUAAUUUUGAACCCACCCUUCCGUUGCACUUGCAUUCAGGGUUCCCAAACUACAAAUCGUAUGGUUUCCACGUACAGUAAACCAUACAUUUCUCUACGGUAAUAAAGGGAACCAUGCACGUUUCAGAAAAUUGAGCAGUCGAGUUGAGCCAUAUUGUUAGCUUUACAGGCCACAAUGGUAAAUUCAGAGACACGACGUUUUAUGAAGGGCCAUUUCACAGUAUUAAAAAGCUCACAAUUAAAAACUUAUUGAAAACCGAAUUUUCUCCCUCCUUCAAGUAUAUAAUUAGGAGAAGACGUAAUUUUCUACCGAAUGAGCGAUAGAAUGAAUACUUUUAUGCACGUUUUUCAUGAUAUAUAAUUGCGCUUUUAGGGGCACCGAAAAUCAAUGAGAAAAAUUCAUGCUACUUAAAGAGUCAUUUUUUGCAAAGUAUGGUUCUUUCACGCAGUCGAAAAGAAGUUCAUUCAAAAGCCGACAUCCUGGAUUAUUAUAAAAUUAUGUUGCAGGGUGACGAGUUUUACAACUCUAGUUAAUUAAUCUUUUCGAAACGCAAACGCAUUUCGGAAUUUCUGUUGGCAUUUCAUGCGGUAGCCCAUUUACUUUAAAUCACAUGGGAAGUGCCCAGAUGGACACUACUCCCAUGGCGAGUACUGGUGGAUGAAAUUAUCCGGUGAUUGUAACGUCAGUCGUUAGCACCGGUGAUGAAAUCGCAACAGUUAGGAACUCGGCGUGUUAUGAUGCCAAUGAUUAAGGGACCGAUAAAAUUGGUAGCUGUAUUCCUGCUAGGUCUUUGACUACGUCGUUAUGUGGCCUUGGUGGAACUUGUUGUGUGAACUCCUGGAGUUUUUUGUGUGGGGGUUGGGGUGUGGUUGCACACUUAGUUGCGACCUAACCGCCCUAGCCACCUGCGUCUAUUCACGUUUCCGGUUUCCUUGUCUCUGUCACGAUAUCGAGCCCAGCUGGGAAAGGAGGAUGCGGAGGAGGAGGAGGAGGAGGAGGAGGAGGAGGAGGAGGAGGAGGAGGGAGUGUGGGAUAUGUGGAGAAAAUCUAAUACUACUUUAAAUUAA